UGCGUUCCUCGUCCCGAGGCGAGCCUUGGGCUCGAGGGACGACGGGCCGUUUCGCCAGUAGUAAACACACCAGCUGGCGCGAGGGCAGUGUCGGAUGGCUCUCAUCGUUCCACGGUCUCGCUGCCACGGUACGUCGUCCGUGUGUACGAUCAGGCGGCGUUGUGUACGGUCCGGCCGCGUGUGCAUCGGCGAUCGGUUCUUAAGGAACCCGCACGGGAUAUUCGUGGCUACGUGCGUGCAUGCGUGAAAACCGUUACCGGGGAAAUAUACACUCUGUUCCCUGUCUCCUGCUGCUGCUCGCCGAGUGGUGCUCGUCGUCCCGUCGUCGUUACCCCACGACAUUGCCCGUCACCGAGUUGAUACGAAAGUGCACGCCGUUUCUUCUUCUUCUAUCGCGCGUUCGUUCCACUCGAUAUCACACCUACUCCCGUGGUCCUGGGUGUCGUUCACCGAGAGGAACGGAGAGCAAGCGACAGAGAGAGACGCCUCGCAGCCUGCCGACUUCCUGUCCAUCCGCAGCCGUGACCGGCGGCAGGGGUUCCCGCGGGGAACGGCACACGAGGUUAACAGGUGGAGGAUAAUUGACGUUCCCGAGAUACCACCACGCGUCACGCAGGGGUGGUGGGUCUAUGGGGGGCACCGCCCCAGCGGCCCCCCGGCUCCAGUCCAAACGGAAACUGCCGGAACGGCGCCAUCCUGGCGAGGUCCAAGACCGCCCCGCUUCCGGUACCACCGUCCAAACGGAUGAAGAGCCCCUCCAACAUCAUGAGGCAGUCCAGCCUCACCAAGCUCGGCUCCAUGAUCAAUACCGCCGUGAACAAGAGAGUCGGCAAUGGUGACAUACAGUGGUGUUUCUCACAGGUGAAAGGAACAUUGGAAGACGAUGCCACUGAAGCCGAUAUAAUCUCAUGUGUAGAAUUUAACCACGAUGGUGAUCUCCUCGCAACAGGAGAUAAGGGAGGACGGGUUGUUAUUUUUCAAAGAGACCCCAUUAGUAAAAACAGUAUACCUCGGAGGGGUGAAUACAAUGUGUACAGCACCUUCCAGAGUCAUGAACCCGAGUUCGAUUACCUGAAAUCGUUAGAGAUAGAAGAAAAAAUUAAUAAAAUUAGGUGGCUAAAGAGGAAAAAUCCCGCGCACUUUCUACUUUCCACAAACGAUAAGACUAUUAAAUUGUGGAAGGUUAGCGAGCGGGAUAAAAGAGUAGAAGGGUAUAACACGAAGGAAGACAAUGGUACGAUUCGCAAUCCCGCAUGUAUCACUUCCUUAAGGGUACCAACCAUAAAACCAAUGGAGUUAAUGGUGGAAGCAUCACCGAGAAGAAUAUUUGCCAAUGCGCACACCUAUCAUAUAAACAGUAUAAGCGUUAACAGUGAUCAGGAGACAUACCUCAGUGCUGAUGACCUCAGAAUUAAUCUUUGGAAUCUUGAAGUCACAGACCAGAGUUAUAAUAUAGUAGACAUUAAGCCAACCAAUAUGGAGGAAUUAACAGAAGUUAUAACUGCCGCGGAAUUUCAUCCGGCGGAGUGUAAUAUUCUGGUAUACAGUAGUAGCAAAGGAACAAUUAGACUUUGCGACAUGAGAUCUGCUGCAUUAUGCGACCAACACAGUAAGCUGUUCGAGGAACCGGAAGACCCAACCAGUAGAAGUUUUUUCUCGGAGAUAAUCUCGAGUAUAAGUGAUGUAAAACUUAGUAAUUCAGGAAGAUAUAUGAUCAGUAGAGACUACCUCAGUGUGAAAGUGUGGGAUUUGCAAAUGGAAACGAAGCCUGUUGAAUGUUACCCUGUACAUGAAUACCUAAGAUCAAAGUUAUGUUCGCUAUACGAGAAUGAUUGUAUCUUCGACAAAUUCGAAUGUUGUUGGAGUGGUAAUGAUUCCGCCAUUAUGACGGGCUCUUAUAAUAAUUUCUUCAGAGUAUUCGACCGUACAACUAAGCGCGAUCUCACGUUGGAAGCAGCGCGUGACAUUGCCAGACCGAGAACACUUCUGAAACCGCGUAAGGUGUGUACCGGUGGAAAACGAAAGAAAGAUGAAAUUAGCGUCGACUGCCUGGACUUCAAUAAAAAGAUACUGCACACUGCAUGGCAUCCAUCUGAAAACGUCGUAGCCGUGGCCGCUACGAACAAUCUCUUCCUAUUCCAAGACAAACUCUAGCACAUCUGUAUGCAAAUUAUUCAACGGUAUAUAUUGACGUGAGCAAGACACGUUGAACUGAAGAAUACCAGUGGAACAACGAGUGUCUGAAUAAUGCUGACGAAAGUCGACUGUUAAAUGCGUCAAUGGUUGACUGACCGAAGAGUGGUGUACGUAGCGCCGUCCACGCAGCUCGCAUAUUCAUACACACUAUGUAUACACGAAAAAAACAUACAGAAAAAUUGCACGUAACACCUUGUCGCGCGCGUAUAUGUGUAUAUAUAAAUGCAUGCAAGCAGCAGAUGCAUAUGCAUAACUCUCCAGACUACUAAAGUCCGCUAGUUGAAAAUAAAAACUGCACGGUGGAACCAUUGCCCACAGAUACAUAAACAUAGAAGGGAGAAUGUACAGUUCAACCAAAUUCAGCAGACUCGUGUUGGCGGUUAUUGUUUAACAGUUUCUCAAAGUAACGCAGAUUUAGUGUUUCUCGGUUCACGCCGCUUGUAUCAAUUAAAACGAUUCCCGCUGCCGCACGCGGUUCGGGAACAGCUCUUUUCAACGAUCGUGCGAUUAUUCUGCAAAGCGAAAAGAAAAAACAAAAAAAGAAUAAAAUAAACGUAAAAAUACAGUAACGCGAAAAACAUAAAUGUCCCGCGAACGAGGUAGUUCCGGUUUAGGGCUUGAGCGUGCAGCGUUAGGAGUCGCCUGGACGCGACCGGACAUGCUUCUUUCGGUACGCGCGCGCGGCACACGAGAAAUUCACUCGGAUAAAUUAAUUUCGCAGUAAUAGGGAGAAUGCCUGACGAGCGAACAAUUUAAAAGGGAAAAAAAACGUCAAAAAGAAACGUAGUCGCGGUCGUGUGUGCCAAUGAGAUU